AUGAGCAUUGGGCCGGCGUCACUCCUCUUCGCUCUCGCGGACGGCACACUCCGUCAGCUGAAUGAGACACUCACAAUUUAUCCAAGUGUGAUGUGUUUCUGUGCGUCAAUCAGAUGGCGUGCUGAUGGUCUGUUUGGAGGCGCUGAGCAUCCUGACGUCUCUGCUGCUCAUUCUGCUGUGCGCCUGCAUCAACAGCAACUUCAGCCAGAUCGGAUUGGCGGAGCGCGUCAUGUGCGGUGAGCAGCAAGGCGGGGACACAUCGAUUCGAUGGCCGCAUGUGUGUGUGUGUCUGUUUGUGUGUGCAGCGUUCACCCCGCGGGACUUUUGGUAUCCAUCGAUCGUCGACACCGCGGCCUCCGACUCCACGGCUGACUCAGACGGAGCCAACGGCAGCCGACAACCGGUCAGACAGGCAGAGAGAGAGUGA